AAUCAUCACUGAAGUCCUCCAAGAGCGAACUACUCCAGACUGCUGUGAUUGCCCAAAUGGAUGAUAUUGAGAGGACUGUGGAUAACAUCAUGCGCCUGAAAAAAAUCAAUCCUGAUACUAAUCCACAGUUUGGGAUUUCUCUGCAGGCCUGUCUUUUACAGAUUAUAGGGUAUAGACAAUUGAUGGCUGAAGUGGAAAGGCUCCGCAGAGAGCAGUAUGAUUCAGAAAAUCCACAGCAUGAAGAAUUGCUGUUGAAGUUGUGGACACUCCUUCAUCCUGAUGUAAAGUUGGAAGCUCGUAUUAGCAAGCAAUGGUGUGAAAUAGGUUUCCAAGGAGAUGACCCAAAGACAGACUUCAGAGGAAUGGGGAUGUUGGGAUUGAAUAACUUGGUUUUCUUUGCAGAACAUGACAAUUCAGCUGCACGCCUGAUACUUUUUGAUUCUCAGCAGCCAAAGUACAGGGAACUAACCAAAGAAGAUGUAAGCAAGAUGAAUACAAAAGAAUGGGAAAAGAAAAGGUUCGAUAAAGCAAUUGGGUUUUCCUUUGCUAUCGUGGGGAUUAAUAUUACUGACCUUGCAUACACUCUGCUUGUGAGUGGAGCGAUGAAAACCCAUCUGUAUAAUAUUGCCCCAGAAGCACCAUUACUUUUUCAUUUCCAGAAGACGUUCUGCUAUUUGAUGCAUGAGUUUCACGAAUUCUGGAUUGAAGAGGAUCCCUUUGACAUCAUGGAGUUCAAUCGUGUUCGAGAAAAGUUUCACAAACGGAUUGUAAAGCAGCUUCAGAACCCAGACAUGACCCUGUGCCCUCAUUUUGCAGCUUCUGAGAGUUUAAUGAAUCUCUAGACUUUCAUCAUGCCAUCAGUCACAUCACUGCCUCACCUGUAUAUGUGUGUGUGUGUAUACAUUUGUGAACUGAUAUUUUAACAAAAAACGAGUUAAAUCACAGCCUUGAUCACAACCAGCAUAUUUAAUGACCAUAGUGACUGUAUGCAUGUUAUGUUUUGUUUAUUUAAGUACAAUUGUUUUCCUUUUGCUGCAAUGCAAAGAACUGCCAUGGUGUACAUUCACUUUGAUCGUGAACAUUUUCUCCAUGGAUAUGUGCUCUUGUUUUGGCAGCAUGCAGUGUUGUAUUCUAAUCAUUUGAAAAUACAUUUCUGUUUUAUUUCCAUACAUCAGCACUGAUAAGCUACACUUUGUUUGGUGUGCUUUGCACCGUUGUGAUAUCAAGUUGUCUAUAGUUCCAUAAAACACCUUAGUUUGAGUUUUAUCAUGAUCUGUCCAAACUUAAAGGCAUUACUUUUUACUGAAGAAUGUAUGGUGUAUUCUGAUCAGAAGAAUUUACACAAGUGU